AGAGAGAGAGAAGAGAGAUGGAAGGGGGUGAUGAUGAUGAUAAGGGUAUUGUAUGUGUAACAGGUGGUACUGGGUAUGUUGCAUCAUGGGUGAUCAUGAAGCUUCUUCAACAUGGUUAUAAAGUUCACACUACCAUUAGAAAUUACCCAGACAGCAAAAAAGACAUCAGCUUCCUCACAAACCUACCCGGCGCAUCAAAAAAACUUAAAAUUUUCAACGCGGAUCUUGACCACCCACACACUUUUGCUGCGGCCAUCGAAGGAUGCAUUGGAGUCUUUCAUCUCGCUCACCCGAUUGAUUUUCAAGGAAAAGAACCAGAAGAAGUCAAAAAUUUGAGAGCAAUCAAUGGUACCUUAAAAAUCUUGAAUUCAAAGACAGUGAAACGAGUUGUAUACACUUCUAGUGCAUCUGCUGUUGCAUUUAACGACAUGGGUUUGGAUCCUGUGGAUGAGAGUGCAUGGAGUGAUACAGAGUUUAUUAGAUCUUUGAAUCCUGAUGGAGCUUCUUACUACAUUUCCAAGACAUUGGUUGAAAGAGCAGCUCUAGAGUUUGGAGAAAAGCAUGGAUUGGAUCUUGUGUCUGUGAUUCCAUCUUAUGUUAAUGGUCCCUUCAUUGGCCCUCAUAUCCCCGGUUCAGUGUCCGUUUCGCUAGCUAUGAUCUUCGGUGACCAGAAUCAGUACAAGUUAAUUAACAAAGUACCAAUGGUGCACAUAGAUGAUGUAGCCAGUGCAUAUAUCUUCCUCCUUGACUGCCCUAAUGCUAAAGGGAGGUAUAUUUGUUCAUCAAUUAAUAUAACAAUUCAAGAGAUCUCUGAAUUUCUGUCACCCAAGUACCCAGAAUAUCAAAUCCCCCCGACCGAUUCCUUGAAGGACGUUGGAGGAUUCAAAUAUCCCGACCUCUCAUCAAAGAAGCUCCUGGAUACCGGGUUCAAGUAUAAGUAUGGACUUGAAGAAAUGUACGAUGGAGCGAUUCAAUGCUGCAAAGAGAAGGGUUUUCUUUAGUUUUUGUUUCACAUAUUUCUUAAAAUAGAAUAAGGUUACAUAUGCUGCAAACUAAAACACUCUCUGUUUUAUGUCCUCAAAUGCUUUCUAUUUAUGUAAUAAUUUGCAUUGGAAAAA